UCCUUUUUCUUCCUCCUCCCCCUCCCGCAAGAAUCCCUCCUCCCUCUUUUCUUCUUUCUCAUUCAAACGCCUGCAAGUCCUGUUGUGUCAGUUUUAUCUUCCUUCCUCCAACCACCGCCGGGCAAUGGCAGAGGAGGAUCAGCAGCAGGUGGUGAAUUUCUCGGUGCUCUGGAGCUGUUUCCCUGCUUUCUUGACCUCAAGAAGAAGAUCUGAAGUAUUACACUUGGAGAUAUAAUUGGAUUUAUUUUUCAGAAGGCAAAUAAAAAACCUCCAAAAGGCUAGAAUAAUAAUGUAAGUGUUCCUAUACCUGUACUGGGAGAACUAAUGAAUACUUUUAUGAAUAGUUUGUAUUGCACAUCGAUAGCUGCACCUAGAGAGGAGAGGCAAUGCUUAAUUGCUCUUGAAGUGGGCGGCUGGACUUGGACAUUUGCAAGCAAACAUUUGGGAACUUGUUGAAAGUGGCCUUCUUUCCAACGUAAGACCUCAGAAAUUCACAUUAACACCAAGGCAGGAAAUAUGCCGACUCAGCCUCUCUUAGCAUAUAUGGAUGGGCCAGAUGGUAUAGCCUGUACUGUGGGCUCACGUAUGGAGAACAACGAUGCCACUAUGCCGAUAAAAGGGACCAACACGAUCUCUUACAAAAACAUGCAAGAGAAGUUCUUGAUGCAGGGCGAAGGGUGCAUGCCUUUGGAUUGCAUGUUUUGCGACCAAACCUUCAAGCACCCGGAGGAUCUCGGCAAGCACGUCUUAACGCAGCACAGGCCAACCCUUUGUGAACCGGCAGUCCUGCGUGUCGAAGCGGAAUACCUCAGCCAUCUCGACAGGGGACAAGGGAAAACAGACUCGCCAUCCUCGGAUGUCAACCCAAAAGAUGAUCAGGGCUUCAGCUGUGACGUUUGUGGGCAGACAUUUGAGGAGGUUUUUGAUGUCGAGGCCCACAUGAGGAAGCAUAAAGACUCCUUCACUUACUGGUGCAGCGUGUGUGGGAGGAGAUUUAAAGAGCCUUGGUUCCUCAAGAACCACAUGAGAACGCACACCGGGAAGCCCGGUUCUCGAAGCAAGACCGCACAAGGUUCUGAGAGCCCAGUUACCAUAAAUGAAGUUGUACAAGACCAAGUAUCCGAAAGCAUUACAUCUCCCUAUAAAAUCUGCAUGGUUUGUGGCUUCCUAUUUCAAAACAAGGAGACUCUAAUCGAGCACAGCAAAGUACAUACCAAAGAUUCCUCAGCCAGCAGUGAUGGCUCACAGGCUGAUGGAGGUGGCAAAGGAAGCAGAUCACCCAGAGAAGAGUUCCUGCAGUUCUUGAACCUAAAACCACGUUCGCCUUCCAGCAACAGCAAAUUUGAAAAACCUGUGAAAUGUAUUGCAGAAUUGGAUCCAUUCAGUACGUAUCAGGCAUGGCAAUUGGCUACCAAAGGCAAGAUUGCUACUGGCCAUGGACAAAUAAAAGAACCAGAGCAAGAAGGAAGUACAGACAAUGAAGAGUCAUCUUCUGAUAAAGAAGAGCUUGGGGAAAUCUGGCGUGCAAGCAAAGCAAACCAGGUUGAAAGUACGGGGAAGACUAGGGGAAGCAGAAGUGGGAGUUAUGCCAGGCUUGGGAAUGUGCCACAAGACAAAUUCAAAUAUCCUGGUGGGGAAGUGCCUUCUAUAGACAUGGAUCCUAAACUGUCCCAGAACAAAGACAAGCCCACACAUUGUGCGCAGUGUGGCAAAGCCUUUCGAACAUACCACCAGCUAGUCCUUCACUCGAGGGUACACAAGAGAGACCGAAGGAAUGACCCGGAAGCUGGUUCCGGUGAAGCAAAGCAACCAAGAUCAUGUCUUGCAGACGUGGUGCCUCUGGAUGAGAACGGAGUACCUGAGCGAGUGGAGGGAGGCUCCGAAGACGGCUCUGAGGAUGGACUAACAGAGGCUUUAGAUAAAAAUGGAGAUAGCAUGGAAAGAGCAAAAGUUAAAAACCUUGGGGCCUCCAGAGAAUGCAGCUACUGUGGGAAGUAUUUCCGCUCAAACUAUUACCUCAACAUUCAUCUCAGAACUCACACAGGUGAAAAACCGUACAAAUGUGAAUUUUGUGAGUAUGCAGCAGCCCAGAAAACAUCUUUGCGGUAUCACUUGGAGAGACAUCACAAGGACAAGAACAUGGAAGCUGUGGCCGAUGUGAAAAACGACCCUAAAGAUUUGUUACCUACUCAGGAGAUGGGCUUCUUACCAAUCCCCAGUGGUGCUCCAGAAACCAAAAAUCUGAAAAGGCUCCUUGAAGAUGCCAAAGACGGUAAAGGAAGCCCACCUGCAAAGCAGCAGAAGGAGACCCUUUUCUCCUUUCAGAGCACAUCCAACAGUGUAACUCAGGACACAAAUAUAGGUGCUGAUUGUAGUGGCUUAAAAGAGGCCGUACCAGUUCCCUGCCUUGAAAAGCUGAAAUCUGGCGAGAGAAUGAUGGAACCUCAGGCAAGUAAUUACAUGACCGAUAGGCCUGAGACAAGGAGCUCUGCGUUGCAAGACAGCGUGCUUUGUCACGGUACUCAGAAAGUUAGAACAAACAUGGAUCUUCGGAGAGAUGCCUCAGAAGACUCGAAAUGCAAGCUUAUAGCUCAAGAGAAGCCUUUAAAUCUAUCCACUGGAUCGUCCCAAGAUGCAUCGGUGAUCUCUCUCUGUCGAGGAUCUUUAGCAACCAGCACCUGCCCUUUUUGUACUUACCGGACGUUAUAUCCAGAGGUCCUGAUAAUGCAUCAGCGGUUGACACACAAAUAUAACCCUGAGACUUCUAAUAAGAACGGUGUCCGGAACAGGGCAGCUCUUAAAGCUAGGCGGACUGGAUGCCCCCCAUUUCUUUUGGGCAAAGAUGUGCUCCCCCUGCCUCUUCACCCAGUGAAAACCAAGGCUUCCCUGCCUGCCCAGUCAAAGUCCUCACACAUGGAAAAGGCUAAACAGUGUCCCGCCGUGCAGAGCAAAGCACCCAUUCCUCCAGGGCUUGGCUCCAGUAACUCAUCUCCAAGCAACUUGAAAUCGGGCAAACUGCAGGUGGUCGGUGUUUCGGCGAAUAGCUUCAGGAAUCAUGAAAUGCACCCUGCUUCUAGCAGCGUCAUGGUACAGGAUCGAGGGAGAAAGCUGGACUCUAAAACCAGGUGCUUGGCUUCUCAGUCAAGCGUAGGGAGUACUAACAUCAAUGGCUCUCUCGAGACGUCUGUGAACGAAGCAGCCUGGCCAAGUAGUCGGGGAAUAGAAUUUCUCAGUAGCAGACCCAAAGGGAAUACAAACUUGGAGUUUGACGGACCCUCCUCUAAAAGAACAAGACCUAAUCUCUUGGCUCCAGAACAAACGGACUCUGCUCUUUAUCGGAGAGGAAACGAUUCGAGCAGGAUUCAUAUAGCGGGCAGAUAUGCCAAUCUGCUACCUCAGGAAUGUGCACACACCAAACCUGCAUCCUCUUUCCUGCCUGCCAAGCAAGGGCUCAUGAGCGCUGAAGUAGAUGCUAUAAAUCCUGUGACUAUCCUAAAGCCAUAUGAAACGUACGGUCCUGGCCCCUAUUACAGUUCCUGCGGAUCGAGCAGCGGCCAGCUUCCUAGCUCUUCGAAAGAAGGAAAGAGGCCAGUGUCCUAUCAACAUUUAUCCAGCACUAUGCUACAAAAGCGAAGUUACGAGAGUCUACUUGGUACUGCGCAUUAUCGGCCGAAUGACAAGAAGACAUGAGUUGGCUUGAAUGAAUGAUAAAAGGCUGCAACUUGGGGAUUCUUCGCGGUUCAGUCCUGGAGGAGAAUGGACAACAAAAGCUACAAAACUAAACUGUGAUUGUACUAUGUAUAGAGAGAAAACACUACAGUGCUGUAACGGAAGGUGUGAUCCCAUUUGUACCAUGUGGCUGCAAACAUGGCCUUCUGAAAUGGUGUCAGAGAGAACUGGAAAAUGGGUGUAUCAAUUCUGCUGAUCUUGAAUAAUAUUUUUCUUAGAAUGAUCAUAGACCAAAUAUCCAGCAUAAAGUAUAUUUUUGCAUAACUUGAGUGCUGCUGAAGAGAGAUCUUUUUGUUUUUUUGGAAGCUGUGUGUAACCCUUGCACCUCAGGUAAAUCUGUGCAUUAAGUCUGUCUGGUUUCCGUACUGAGAGGCAUUUUUUUUAAAAAAAAUAAAGGGCAACAGUCUGUCAGAUUUUGCUUUGUGCUUUAAACUAUGUAUAUUUUUAAACAAUUUCCAGAUCAGUUAUGUUCUUUAUGUUCAUCUUAUGCACAGUUACAGUACUCCAGAGUAGGUCAGGGAUGUUGACACCAAAUAAGGAUGAUACGCUCUUCUACAAUAAGUUUUACUUCCUCUAACUGAUGUCGAUUCCCAAAUAGCCACUCUCAAAAUUCAGAGUGUAUUUCUGAAAAAGGGAAGAAGAUCCCCCCCACCCUUUGCCAUUUGGUCUCAAUCCUUUCCUUACUGUGUGAGCUUUGAGGGUGCUUAGUUGAAUGCUCUCAAUCCUUCUAGGUGUUCUGGAGAGUCUACAUGACACACAUUUAAUUUGUCGCUUACCUCUUCCUAAAUAUUCAGCUACACGCACAAGGCCCACGAGCGUCCCAUAGCUUAUGUUGGAAUAUUCAGUGAAAGUUCCCGCUCUACUGAAUCUUGUUGAUAUGGGAGCCCAUAGAUAUAUGCAGCCAGUUAACUAAGGGCACAACCCAUUCCCCUUUGCAGGUUGCCCAAACAGUCCAGUGUUCCUACAGGGCACAAUGCAACCGCCAUCUCUGUUCCUUCCCCAAGCCUGAGCAUGUUUAGCACUGGGCGCAUUACCAUGCUUCCAGCCAGUGCCUUUGGUGGGAGGCAUGUGGCCCAAUAACUCCAUUUCUCCUUAAUGUAGGCUACUCAUCUGACCAUUCCUAUUGGCAGGUCCAGCAAUCAGCACGCUUCAGCAUUCCAUCAACCUAAGCCAAUGCGUGGACAGGUGGGAGGGCUUAAUGAUUUCCCUAUGGGAAUCCUGUCUUGCACAGAUAGGUUUGUGAACUGUGCAUAUAAUAAGGUGAGAGAUCCUGCUCCAAAUUAUGUUCAUAUCUUUUAUCUAAUAUUAGUUACUUGACUGGAGGGGGGGAAGGUUAUCCUGCUGUGUGUGACUGAAUAUUGAACAGGAGACUUGACCUUUGUGUUUCAUGUUCUGAACAACUUGUGUGUGAAAGGUCCUAGUGACUGCUUAGAAGAAGUGGAGGGGGGAAAACAGAUUUUGGCUUCCACUUGUUCCAGGACAAAAUGGUUUCAAAAAUAUUUUUUGCACUGUUUCUUUCCUUUGUAUCAGAUGUAAAAUAGCAAAGCGUCGAUGUCCCCGGAGGUUUGUCCUCCUCUUUCUUCCCCUUCGCCCCCCCAGUAUGCAACUUGGAGACAUUUUAAAUUUAUGUCUUACUUCCCGUGUAUUAAGGAAUAUAUAAUUUUGAUGUCUCUGUAAAACUGGCAAUGUCAUGAAGUGCUGCGUAUCAGGAAACUGUACACAAUUUCCCCUUUUCCUGUUCAUAAGCUGAGCCAUAUGUACAUAAAAUCUAGAUGUGCGUUUUCUUAGUUUUGCACUUUUUGUAGUCUAUUUUUCAAAGAUGAAUUCACAUGGAAGAUGGUUAAUCUAUUUUUGCCGAUCCUUUGAGGCUUAUAUCGAAUGUGUUCUAUAACUUGCCUGUUCUGUUCCUUUCAAAAGUAACGUCUCUUUAAAGAAAAAUAAUAAUAAAAAAGACCAGGGUCUGUGUUUAAUGAACAUCACCAAACCAGUUUUUAAAAAUAAUCUCUCGUUUGUGUUGGUGCCGUUUUUCAGAAGCUUUGGGGUGGGGUUUUUUCCUGAGGGGACGGGAGGGAGCAAAGAAGAAAGCAGUUCGUGGCUUCUGAACAUGACUCGGGGACUCCUCUCCCGUCUGGUGCGUGAAGACAGCCAAUCUGGCAACAGUUCCUUCCUGCCCCAUAAAGCUAAAUACCCCAAACUCUGGCUUCUUGUCAUGCCACCGUUACCCCCAGAUUCCCAGAGGAAAGAUGUGGCGGGACUGCAGGAACCUUAGCAUGGGCUCCUCUUAUGCAGCCCCACAUUUCUGCUGCUGCUUUCACAGUGCAAGUGGCAGCAGAUCCCACGCUGUGCAGGGUAACAAAAGAAGGGGACUUUGCCUCCAGCCUUAUGGCCCAUUCCACCCAAGCAUUUCUGCACAGAAGUGCCCUGGCAAUCCAGCCAAAAAGAAUGGAGGAUUUGCUGGGCGAAUGCAUUGAAGGUUGCACCCUUGGUCUAGAGGAUAGGUUUUGCCCAUCAGUAUUAACUAUGGGAUACUACUGGUUUUCCCCCCUUGUUUUAUUUUCACUGGCAAUUAGUAUACCGGUACAAGUUGUUGCUUUGUUAUAUUUAUUUCCUUCCACUUUGAUUUAUUUUAAUUGUGAAACCUUUAAGUUGUCAAGCUGUAGACACCGUACAAGUCAUUUAAUUUAUGAUGUGUUUUCAGUUUAGCAGAAUACUGUUAUUACACGUGGAUGUAAAUAUAGACUUGGUGUUUUUGCAAAUA